GUCAUCCGUGGCAUUAGGUCGGCAUCCCAGCAUUGGCCUUCAACGGCAGUCCGACAAGCUCUCCGAUAGCAGCACGCAGCAUACCAACAUGGCUACCGCCUUCAAUCCCAAGACUGACAUCCCCGACCUAACCGGCAAGGUCAUCUUCAUUACCGGAGGUACCGCGGGUUUAGGAGCUGAGGCUACCUACCAAUUAGCCGUGCACAACCCAGCUCGAAUUUAUAUCAGCGGCCGGAAUGCAAAAAGAGCUGCUGUCGUCAUUAAAAAGGUAGAAGAGCUUGGCUCUAAAAGUACGGUCCACUUCAUUGAGCUCGAUCAAGGCAAAGUGUCCAGUGUAAAAGCAGCCACAGAGCGCUUCGUCGCUCAGGAGUCGCAGCUCGACAUUCUGAUCGCCAAUGGCGGUAUCAUGGCUGUUCCGGCUGGUCUUUCAAGCGAUGGCUACGAGGUGCAAUUCGGCGUCAAUCAUAUGGGCCACGCCAUGCUCGUCAAGCAUCUCCUGCCACUCCUACAGCGUACAGCGGAGAAGCCAGGCUCAGAUGUGCGAAUCAUCUUCCUCACAUCCCUCGGAUUCCAAUUCGCACGUAAAGGUAUUGCAUAUGACACCCUCAAAACAACACAAGAUGCCGCGGUCCUAGGGCUCUGGAUCAGGUAUGGCCAGAGCAAGCUUGCAAACAUCUGGUACGCGCGAGAGCUCGCGAAACGGUAUCCGUCCAUCACAAGCAUCUCAGUCCAUCCUGGAGUUACCAAAACCGACUUGGUGGGACAACUAUCUCUUGCAAACCGCCUCUUUGUCUAUGCGACCAACAUAGGUAGUAUGGUCGAGCCGCACGAAGGCGCAUACAACAUGUGUUGGGCCGUGGGAGUGGACAAGGCCAAGCUGCAGAAUGGGCAUAUGUACGAACCAGUGGGAAAAGCCACAAAACGAUUGGAUGCGAAGCCUUUUAAUGACGACGAGGCGGCCGAGAAGCUGUGGACGUGGACUGAGAGGGAAUUGGGGGCUUCUUAACUGUGUGAGUGAACGUUGGAAUGGGACGCAUUGAUAUUAGGUAAUUACUAGCCUUGGUCUCGAGGUUUUCAGUGGAGGAUUUGUCAGCUAGCGCCUCGCCACCUAUCUUACCGCCUUAGCGUAG